AAUACGAGAAGAUUAAUUUGAAGAUCCUUUGUAAAAAUGCAGAUUUCUCUCUUAGUUUUCUAGAUGUUGAAGUUGACUUACCUCAAGAAGAUAUCAAAUUGUAUAAGUUAUUACAUCAAUACCCAAUUACUAAAACUUACGAGAAUAAUCAAGUGAAAUAUGCAAAUAUAACAGAA